AUGUUUUCUUGUCGUAAAAUAAAAGCACGAUCAAAUCGUCUAUACUAUAUCAUUAUCCUUUUUGUAUUUAUUUUUCUUAUUUCAAAUAUUAUUUAUAAAAUACUACUAUUCAAUCCAUCACGAUUACAGAACUGUUCAGAAUUAUGUCGUCACUCAAGUAUAUUGACUAAUGAGUCGCUUGAAUUCGAUUCAUUGUAUCCUAUUCGACAUUAUCCAAACUUUGUUUGUCCACAAAAUUUUCGCAAUCUAGCUGAUUGGGUUUAUGGUUGGCCUGAUCAAUUUGGUGAGCAUAUAGAAAAAACAACUGAUCAAGGAAAAAUUAUUGCUCCCUGUUUGCUACCGGGUAGUAUUAUCUAUGUUCGCAUAUGGGUUAUAAAUGAAUUCUUCGAAUUUGUUUAUCCAUAUUUACAAAAUAAAUUUGUAUUAGUUACUGGUGAAGGUGAUAUGUCAUCACCGGUUCAUAUGGAAUAUCUUGAAAGCUUUGAUUCAAAAAUAAUUCAUUGGUUUGGACAAAAUGGGCAAUAUGAUGUAUCGAAAAGUAAAAAAUUUACUCAUAUACCAAUUGGUAUUAAUUGCUUUGAAAUGGCCGAUGCUAUUGAAAAAAUAUAUUCUAAACAAAGACUUGAUAUAGUGCCUUCUGUAUUCAAUGAUUUGGAUGAACCAUCAAGUUAUAUUCAACCAAAAGAUGUAUCAAAUCGUGUACAAUCUACAAAGGUAGAAAAUAAGAACUUGGUAUUGAUUAAUUUUGACCCAGGCACUGAUAGAACUGGUUUUCGUUCACGUAUCUGGAAAAAAUUAUGUUUGAAAAAAUAUCGCCUGAAUUAUACAUUUGUAAAAUGUUUCACAAAAGAAGGUGGUGUUCAAAUAGACGAUCUACCUAAAAUAUACGAACGCAAUCGUCAGUAUCCAUUUUGGUUAUCACCACGAGGUAAUGGUCUUGAUUGUCAUCGAACAUGGGAAGCACUUUAUCUUGACAUUAUACCAAUUGUAUGGAAUAGUUCAUUAAAUGUUCUCUAUGAAAAUUUGCCAGUGGUUAUAAUAAAUGAUUAUCAAGAAUUAAAUGAAUCAUUUCUAUAUGAAAAGUUAAAUGAACUAUCAAAACAGAAAUUAUCAAAACUUAACACGUAUCAAUUUGAAAAAUUACGUCAUGCUUACUGGCGUCGUUUAAUAUUAAAGAAAUCAAGGCAUCAAAGCAAAAGAGAUAUUUAUCUACGUAAACAGCAAUGCUGGAGAGCUACGAAUACAAUGAAUUGGAGACGGCUAAUACCUAUUUAA